GCAACUCAAAAAACUCACUUCCUGCGUUGAGUACUAAAAUCGCCGCUACUCAAUCAUUUACACAUAUACACAAGUCUAUUCCCACUCAUAUCUGAGCGUCAGCAGUAAAGGUGAUUUCAACCAAAAUGAGUUAAAUUUACUUCUCACUCGUUUGUCUGUGGUGAAUUUCUUGUCAUCUGCCUGCUGGAGUUCACACGUUCUGCUGUUUUCUGAUGGUGAAUAGAUUUGGUUGUACUGUGCCGUGCGAAAGACGAGUGCUGCCGGAAGCGACGCAAGUCAACGGUUUAAAUGUGAAUUUUUUUCAUUUCAACGUUCGCUGUUGAAUAAAUAUAACAAUUAUUGGCUUUUAUACCUGAUUGGCUAUUUCAUAAAAGUGUAUAAAUGAAAUAAUAAAUAAUAAUCUUUAAAUAUGUAAAGAAAAUACAUAUAAUGUGGUGAGUGGUUCUCCAAUAUGAAUGGUGUAUGUAUAGUGGCUUCCUGAGAAAUUAAAGAAAAAUUUUACUGGCAGAAAUAAUUAAAUUGUGAUCGAUGAGUUGUGGCCAAGUUUGUGUUUUCUGCCAAUUUGCUUGUAGAUAUUUUUCAUAAAAAAAUAUUUGUGCAUUUAAAAUAAAAUAUAAAGUGGUUUUAUGCCUAUACUAAUAUAUGUAUGUACAUAGUAAAUCAGGUUCUGGUGAAUGCAGUUUAUAUUAAAAGGCAGAAAAUGAAGAAAAGCAAGAAAAGGGCUUGAGAAUUCCAAAUUAAAUAAAAAAUACACAACUUGCCAUUCAAGUAUUGGUAAUGUGUGCGUAUCUGUGUGUGCAUUUAGUGUCAUUGUAUGCGUAAUUCAGUGUUUGGUUUUACUGUCGUUCUUGUGAAUUUUGUGAGUCGCGCGCGCACAUACACACCUAACAUUAAGACGGCGCGCCGCAUUCGUAUGCUUGUUUACCUACCUGAGUGUCGUCGUUGUUGGCCGCUGCGCUGGGUGAGUGAGUAAUACAUGCAUACGGAUACGUUAAAGUGCGGGGAAAUGCCGUUCCAGCGCAAACAGGCAGGUGUGCAAUAUACCAAUUUGUUGUUGUGUGCUUCGAUAAAAACCAGUUGGUAGCAGCGCCGUCGGCAACUCUCAACGUUUCGUUUACGAAAUCAACGAUCGACGAUCUCUCAAAACGUGUAUACGCUCAUUUGUGUUCACAAAAUGUGUAAUAGCGUUGCCAUAAUAUUCGAAAUGUGCGAAUAGCAACAAUAGUUGAUGUGCAAAAGAAUAUUGUGAAAAGAAAGCGAACAAGCGCAUCAGAAUGAAAACACCAUUUUUGAAAAUGAAAAAAAAUAUUAAUAAAUUAAAGUGCUAAUUGGUUUAAUAAAAGUAAAAAAAAAGGAAAUAUAAGUGUUAACACAAUGAAAUUCCAGUAAACAAAGUUCAAUAACGCCUUGACCUCUGCUAUACUCAAAGCAGAAACUGGUUCAUUUGCAAUUGCAAUAAAUUUAUAAAGUUCCGAAAACAACAAUCCCAAUCAAAUAAAUAGCCAUGGAGGAAUGUGAGCGACGGUUUACAAAAUCUAAAAUUGCGCUCUUUCACAGUAGUUGCAACAACAGCAGCAACAACAACAACACAGUUUAUAAUCGCUCAAAAGUGCCAUCAAAAAGAAAUUUAUGGAUUAUAUGCGGUGUCUGGCUGGUACUCAGCCUCAUUGGCAGCUGCCAUUGUUCAGAUGGCCCGCAACUGCAGGCGCCACGUUUCACCACACAGCCCUCUUCUUCAGGCUCGAUAGUGAGCGAAGGUCGAACGAAAAUUCUUCAGUGUCAUGCGUUAGGUUACCCUCAACCCACAUAUCGCUGGCUAAAGGACGGCAUUCCAAUCACUGAUUUCUCAUCCAGUCAAUAUUACCGUUUGCAGAAAACACGACGAGAAGAUGCUGGCAGUUAUCAGUGUAUAGCAAAAAACGAUGCCGGUUCGAUAUUUAGUGAAAAGAUCGACAUCGAAGUUGCGUAUAUGGGUGUGUUUGAAAACACUACACUGGGUCACCUCACAGUAACAUCAGGACAUCCCGCCAUUUUCGAUUUGCCACCCAUCGAAUCGCAACCUCCACCAUUGGUAAUGUGGCAGACGGUUGAAGGUCCACUGAACUAUGACAUCAAGUAUGCCGAGACGAAAACGAAUCAAUUAAUUAUACUCAGCACCGAUGAAAAUGAUCGAAAAGCUUAUCGGGCGCGAGCUAUAAACACACAACUGGAUAAGGAAGAAAACAGCGCCUUUAUACAAUUAAAUGUGAGUGGCGAUCCAUAUGUGGAGGUAGCACCGGAAAUUAUUGUACAUCCACAAGAUAUGAAAGUGAAGCGCGGUGAACAAGUAGCAGUAUUGGAGUGUAUUGCAAAUGCGCGUCCGUUGCACGAAUUGGAGACGCUAUGGCUUAAGGAUGGCAUACCCAUUGAGAAUGCAGGUGUGCCGCACACACUAAACGAUCCAUGGAAUCGUUCGCUCUCCCUACUUGCAGCCAAUUUAACACAUUCCGGUGAAUACACAUGUCAAGUGCAUUUACGUAGCGGUGGCUAUGAUACGGUUACUGUCAGCGCUAAAGUCGAAGUCUUGGAGCCGCCUACGUUCUUUACGCAAAUGCGUACCGAAACAUUUGGUGAAUUCGGUGCAUUGGUGACACUGCCCUGUGAUGUUGUCGGCGAUCCAAUGCCAGUGGUAAAGUGGUAUAAAAAUGCCGAGCCCGUCGACAUCAAUGAUGGAAAAUAUACACUACAAGAUGACAACUCUUUGAAUAUAAAAAAACUUACACUCAAAGAUUCGGCGAUGUUUCAAUGUCUCGCCAGUAAUGAGGCGGGUGAGAAGAGUGCCUACACUUGGCUGCGUGUUAAAUCUUCGGUGGAUAAUUACCUUGAAGGACGGCAUUCCAUAGACGCUGAAGCUUCUACUAACUUCUUACAAAAUACUUUGCCCUCAUCUGCAACUAAUAGUAAACAUCAGCAUGUGAUUCCCUUGCAUUUUGUUGAAAAGUUUCAUUCAUCGUCGUCGUCGUCGUCGUCGUCAUUGUCGUCGUCACAGUGGCGCAUGUUGCAACGCUUUAAACGUUUAGCUCAACCGCGUAUAAUUCGUGUUAAAGCAUCACCAUCGUACGAGUAUUCUGGCAUGGGUACUGGCUAUCGGCGCAAGGAUUUUCGCUUUGCGUCUGCACCUGUGAUGGAGAAACCACCGCAAAAUGUAACGGCAUUGGAUGGUAAGGACGCAACGAUAUGGUGCCGAGCUGUCGGUGCACCAAAUCCCAACAUAACAUGGAUUUACAACGAAACACAACUUGUUGAAAUAUCAAGUCGCACACAAAUUCUCGAAUCAGGUGAUUUGUUAAUGUCAAAUGUGCGCGAAACGGACGCUGGCCUCUAUACCUGUGUGCGUUCGAAUGAGGCGGGCACUGUCAAUGGAGAGGCAUAUUUAAGUGUUUUAGUUCGCACACAAAUCAUCCAGCCUCCGGUUGACACUACCGUCCUGUUGGGUUUAAAUGCGACACUGCAAUGCAAAGUUUCCAGCGACCCAACAGUGCCAUACAAUGUAGACUGGUAUCGUGAAGGUCAUCCCACCGCCAUCAGUAACUCGCAACGUAUUGGCGUUCAAUCGGAUGGCACACUGGAGAUACAAGCGGUGCGCGCGUCCGAUGUUGGCACAUAUCAAUGUGUGGUCACAUCGCCGGGCGGCAAUGAGACUCGUUCAGCUCGUUUAAGUGUGAUAGAAUUGCCGUUCCCGCCAAGUAAUGUGAAAGUGGCUCGCCUGGAUGCGCCCAACCAACGGUCUAUCAACGUUUCAUGGACGCCUGGAUUCGAUGGUAAUAGUCCAAUACUGAAGUUCAUCGUACAACGACGCGAGGUCUCCGAAUUGGGUCCAGUUCCAGAGCCUUUACUGAAUUGGGUGACGGAACUGAGCAACGUUUCGGCGAAUCAACGAUGGACUGUGUUGAAAAAUCUAAAAGCGGCAACGGUAUAUCAAUUUCGUGUGAGUGCCGUGAAUCGUGUUGGCGAAGGCUCACCAUCUGAGGCCAGCAAUAUAGUGGAAUUACCGCAGGAAGCACCUUCGGGUCCACCCGUUGGGUUUGUUGGCUCAGCGCGUUCGAUGUCGGAAAUAAUCACUCAGUGGCAACCACCAUUGGAGGAGCAUCGCAAUGGGCAAAUACUUGGCUACAUAUUACGCUACCGGCUGUAUGGCUAUAGCAAUGUGCCCUGGACAUAUCAGAAUAUAACCAACGAAGCGCAACGCACUUUCUUAAUACAAGAACUCAUCACAUGGAAGGAUUAUAUUGUACAAAUCGCCGCCUAUAAUAAUAUGGGUGUGGGUACUUAUACCGAUGGUGCCAAGAUCAAAACGAAGGAAGGUGUGCCCGAAGCACCGCCUACAUUUGUUAAAGUUAGCGCCAUUAAUUCGACUUCAGCACGCGUUACUUGGACGCCACCGAAUCCACAGCAAAUCAAUGGCAUUAAUCAGGGAUACAAAAUACAAGCGUGGCGUACUGAAAUAAUAGAUGGCGAACCGCGCGAUAUCGAGGAGCGUAUGAUAACGGUACCACCAAGUGUACUCGAUCCACUCGCGGAGCAGACAGCUAUAAUCGCCGGUUUGGAAAAAUUCACUGAAUACAAUAUAACGGUACUGUGUUUUACUGAUCCCGGUGAUGGUGUAUCCAGCUACAAAAUACCCGUGAAGACAAUGGAAGAUGUGCCGGAUGAAAUAAUGGCACUACAUUUCGACGAUGUAUCCGAUCGUUCAGUUAAGGUCUUGUGGUCGCCACCAAGGAACACUAACGGCAUUCUUACUGGCUAUAGUGUACGCUACCAAGUCAAAGAUCGCUCUGAGACGCUUAAGUCUGUCAAUUUGACAGCGGAAGAUACAGAGCUAACAGUCACACAAUUACAAGCCACUACACAUUAUUGGUUUGAAAUACGCGCAUGGACAAAAGUAGGUGCUGGGCCAGCAAAAACUGCCACUAUACAGUCGGGCGUGGAGCCUGUGUUGCCUCAUCCACCAACUAAUUUAGCUCUGUCAAAUAUUGAAGCCUUCUCAGUUGUUCUACAAUUUACACCGGGCUUCGAUGGCAACUCAUCUAUCACGAAAUGGAAAGUAGAGGCACAGACAGCACGCAAUAUGACCUGGUUUACAGUUUGUGAAAUAUCUGAUCCAGACGCCGAGACACUUACCGUUACGGGGCUUAUGCCUUUUACACAAUAUCGUUUGCGCUUAAGUGCCACUAAUGUGGUGGGCACAUCACAGCCAUCGGAAUCUACUAAAGACUUUCAAACAAUACAGGCACGUCCCAUGCAUCCGCCCUUCAAUGUCACCGUCCGUGCCAUGAGCGCAACACAAUUGCGUGUACGUUGGAUUCCCUUGCAACAAACAGAGUGGUUCGGAAAUCCGCGUGGUUAUAAUAUCACUUAUAGACAGUUGGAGAGUGAGACGCGAGUGCAAGCAAAGAGCGUUAUGAUCGAGGACCACACGGCGAAUUCGCAUGUACUGGAAGGACUCGAAGAAUGGACGAUUUACGAUGUUGUGAUGAGCGCUUGUAAUGACGUCGGAUGCUCACAGCACAGCACGGUGGCAACUGAGCGCACACGCGAAGCUGUACCCUCAUAUGGCCCACUUGAUGUACAAGCUAAUGCCACUUCCUCUACAACUAUUGUCGUGCGUUGGGGUGAGGUGCCGAAACAGCAUCGCAAUGGUCAAAUUGACGGUUUCAAAGUAUUUUACGCCGCCACAAAUCGAGGUGGUCAAGUGCUACACAAGACUAUAUCGAAUAACGCAUCCUUCACAACUACACUUACGGAAUUGAAAAAAUUCGUUGUGUAUCACAUACAAGUACUCGCUUUUACACGCCUUGGCGAUGGUGCAUUAAGCACACCACCGGUGCGUGUACAAACGUUCGAAGAUACGCCAGGAGCACCAUCCAAUGUGAGCUUUCCAGAUGUGUCUUUCUCAACGGCGCGUAUAAUAUGGGACGUACCUGAUGACCCCAAUGGCGAGAUACUCGCUUAUCAAGUCACUUAUUCUCUUAAUGGCAGUGCGAAUUUGAAUUACAGCCGCGAGUUUCCGCCCUCAGAUCGUACAUAUAGAGCAACACAACUACUAGCUGAGCGUUAUUACAUCUUUAGCGUGACAGCACAAACACGCUUGGGUUGGGGCAAAACCGCAUCGGCACUAGUUUAUACAACAAAUAAUCGAGAACGACCGCAGCCGCCGUCAAUGCCACAGAUUUCGCGUAGUCAAGUGCAGGCUCAUCAAAUAACAUUCAGUUGGACACCAGGUCGGGACGGGUUCGCACCGCUGCGUUACUACACCGUACAAAUGCGUGAGAAUGAUGGUCCUUGGUCAAUGUUACCAGAGCGUGUCGAUCCUUCGCUCACCUCUUACACUGCGACAAACCUGAAGCCUUAUACUACUUAUCAAUUUCGCAUACAAGCUACCAAUGAUUUGGGACCCUCCGCUUUCAGCCGAGAAAGUAUUGUGGUUCGUACACUGCCAGCUGCACCAGCCUCGGGCGUGUCUGGUCUCAAAGUAGUACCCAUUACGACCACAUCAGUUCGUGUUCAAUGGAGUGCUUUGGAGACUUCAAUGUGGAAUGGUGAUGCCGCCACCGGUGGCUACCGAAUUCUAUAUCAACAAUUAGCCGAUUUUCCGACGGCACUUCAGGCAACGCCGAAAACAGAUGUAAUGGGCAUCAAUGUGAAUAACGUGGUGCUUUCAGAUUUGCAACAAGAUCGAAAUUACGAAAUUGUUGUGCUGCCAUUCAAUUCACAAGGUCCUGGUCCGGCGUCGCCCCCAGUGGCGGUUUACGUCGGCGAGGCGGUACCGACUGGUGAACCACGAGCUGUCGACGCUGCGCCUAUAUCCAGCACAGAAGUGCGCUUGCGCUGGAAGCCACCGAAACAAAAUAUGCAAAAUGGUGAUCUGUUGGGCUACAAAAUAUUUUAUUUGGUUAUUGACUCACCCCAAAAGCUAGAAGAGGGACGUAAAUGGGAAGAGGAAAUCGAGGUGGUAUCAGCAACAGCAACUUCGCAUAGUCUAGUGUUCCUAGAUAAGUUUACAGAAUAUCGCAUACAACUGUUAGCCUUUAAUCCGGCUGGUGAUGGACCUCGAUCGACACCUAUUACUGUGAAAACAUUACAAGGCCUUCCGAGCGCGCCACUCAAUUUACGUUUCGAAGAGAUUACCAUGCAAAGCUUAAAAGUAUCUUGGGAUCCACCACGAUUUCCCAAUGGUGAAAUUCUAGGUUAUCUGGUGACCUAUGAAACAACAGAGGAGAAUGAAAAAUUCAGCAAACAAGUGAAACAAAAAGUUUCUGGUACAACCUUAAAGGUGCAAAAUCUCGAAGAGGAAGUCACUUACACCUUCACUGUACGUGCCCAAACAAUCGAGUACGGCCCAGCGGUGAGCGAAAAUGUUACCACCGGCCCACAGGAGGGUUCACCGGUGGCGCCACGUGAUUUAAUACUAACAAAAACAUUGAGCAGCGUGGAAAUGCAUUGGAUCAAUGGCCCAUCAGGACGAGGUCCAAUACUAGGUUAUUAUAUAGAAGCGAAAAAACGAGAAAGGGGCGAACCUUCCUUCAUUUACGACUCCCGUUGGGAGACAAUCGAACAGACAAACAGCGGUACCAUACAAGAUUUCACCGUCAGCUAUCAAAUAUUAUUACCAUCAACUGCUUACACUUUCCGUGUGAUUGCCUACAAUCGUUAUGGCAUUUCAUUUCCCGCCUAUUCUAAGGACUCAAUUUUGACACCAUCGAAAUUACAUUUGGAAUAUGGUUAUUUGCAACAUAAACCAUUCUAUCGACAAACCUGGUUUAUGGUCUCCUUAGCAGCUACUUCUAUUGUCAUCAUAAUAAUGGUUAUAGCGGUGUUGUGUGUGAAGAGCAAGAGUUACAAAUAUAAACAGGAAGCACAAAAAACUCUAGAAGAAUCCAUGGCAAUGUCAAUUGAUGAAAGGCAAGAAUUAGCUCUUGAAUUAUAUCGCUCUCGUCACGGUGUCGGCACAGGUACCCUAAAUAGCGUAGGCACCUUAAAUCGCGGUGCCUUGGGUACACUUGGUAAAAAGUCUUCUAAUCGACCGCCCACGAAUCUAACCUUGGGUAAGAGUCCACCGCGUCCGUCGCCCGCGUCAGUAGCAUACCAUAGUGAUGAGGAGAGUUUGAAGUGUUAUGAUGAGAAUCCUGAUGAUAGCAGCGUUACAGAGAAACCAUCAGAGGUUAGCUCAUCUGAAGCAUCGCAGCACUCCGAGAGUGAGAACGAGAGCGUUCGUUCCGAUCCGCAUUCGUUCGUCAAUCACUAUGCCAACGUGAAUGAUUCGCUACGACAAUCAUGGAAGAAACAGAAACCGGUGCGCAACUAUUCCAGUUACACUGAUUCGGAACCGGAAGGCAGCGCCGUGAUGAGUCUCAAUGGUGGUCAAAUUAUCGUUAAUAAUAUGGCUAGAUCGAGAGCGCCGCUACCCGGUUUCUCCUCCUUCGUCUGACAAUCAACAGAGUUUUAAAUUUAAAAAAAUUAUAUUAAUUAAUUAAGAAAUUAAUAAAAAAAUAAAAAUAAAAUGAUAGGUAAACAGUAACUGAUCACUUCAAAUUUACAUAUAGUACAUAUGUAUAUCAAAUCACAAAAUCUACUGAGUCUGUACAAUUAUCGACUGUUUUUUCAAAACAUUUUUGAGCCUAAUAAAAUUUGUAUUAUAAAUUACUGUUAAAUUCAUGCAGUUCAGAUGUGAUUGUAUGAAUUAAGGUUGAUGAGUAAGUCGGCGUUAUAACAAUUCGAAAGUGCUUUGAAAUGGCAGUCUUAAGUGUUAGUUGUAAAAUUUUCAUGUGUCCCGACAAUUUUAGUUUUUUAAGCAAAAUAAUUUAUUAAUGUAUGCUUUAAGAUGUAGCGUCGUGUAUUUGUUAAAUUAGUUUAUUUUUGUAAAAUUCUUUUUUUAUAUGAAUGUUCUUGUGCGUGCAAAUAAAACUACAUAAAUAUAUACAUAUAAGCUUUUUCCGCCGAUAUACAUAUCUCAUACAUAUAUUAAUUGUAAUUUAUUUUACUUUAAAAAAUGUCAUUCAUAAUAUGCGCGUCAUAUAACACAAACAUUUGUCAGUGUAAUUUAUGUGUUAAAAAAAAAAAACAAAAACCAACUUCUGGUGCAUAAUCAAUAUCAUGAACUUUUCCAUAAUCUAGAAACAUUCAACGGUAAAUUGUGAUAAUGGAGAAUUUCGCAUUUUUAGUGUUCCACAUAAAUAAAGUGAAGGUUAGACAAGGUUUCUUAUGUUAUAUUAUAUAUAUUAUAUUUAGACUCUGCGUUUCCUAAGUUGAUUGACAUGUAAUGAUUUCGGUUCGUGAUUUCUAGCUAAAAUUAUUUAAAUUAAUUUAAACAAAUUUCAAAAAUUGUUCUUAAUUCAAAUACGGUGUACUACAAACUCAUGUCAUUACGGUUAUUUCAUUUUUCUUUGAUUGAACAGAUUUUAGGUAUGAAUUUCGGGUAGCCAUUUGAUUGCCUAUGAUCGACAUUUUCAAUUUUUUCAUGCUUUUUUUCGGUUUUCGAAAUGUUCUUACGUCGUUGAAUACAGUUUCAGGUAUUCCAGUUAUUAGACGUCCGCGAUAGCCGAGUGAUUAACAUUGCGUACUGCGAUUCGAAAGGCCUGGGUUCGAUGCGAACAUCCAAAAAUUAUAAAAUUUAAUACAAAUAGAAAAAUUGAGUUAAAUUUUCUAAUGCAUUUCUGACAUGAAAUAAAAGCUCUUCAUAAAAAUAUCAUUAGCCGUUCGAAGGCGGCCUAGUAUGAACUGUUGGUCCCUCAGUUUGUUGGAAAACUUUAAGACGCAUAACACAAAUGUAUACAUAUACAAUAUAGAUAAAAAUAUAUGCUAAUCAUUGGUUUCAAUUUGAAUUUGUAUCGGCUUUGGCAGGGUAGUUAUCGAUUAAAAAAACCACUGGCAUUUAUUAAGGCCAGGUUUCUCCAAAAAAAACGUUUUUUUUUUCAAACAAAUUUUAUUUAUUUAUAAAAAAAAUAAUU